AUGGCACCUCCGGCCUCUCUGCCCACUAAACCUCUUAGCAGAACAGGACGUCAGAUACCUGCUCUUGGUUUCGGAUUGAUGGGUCUGAGUGCAGUCUAUGGACCCAUUGACAAUGAUGAGAAACGCCUAGCAGUUCUGGACCGCGCCUGGGAGCUCGGCUAUACGAACUGGGACACAGCAAAUGCCUACGGUGAUAGCGAAGUCCUGCUCGGAAAGUGGUUCAAGCUGCACCCGGAGCGUCGGGCUGACAUAUUUCUUGCCACAAAGUUUGGCUUGAGAACUGGAAUCGACGAAAACGGGGCGUGGACUAGGUGGGCUGACAACAGUCCUGAAUUCUUCAAUGAGUGUCUCGAGGGUAGUUUGCAAAAGAUGGGUGUUGAUUAUGUUGAUCUUUACUAUGCUCAUCGUCUUGACACCGAGGUGCCCGUUGAGAAGACUAUGGAGCUGAUGGUCAAGGCUAAGCAAGAAGGCAAAAUCAAAGCCAUAGGCAUCUCCGAAUGCGCCGCCAGCAGCAUCCGCCGAGCUUACGCCGUCGCCCCCGUCGAUGCCAUUCAGGUUGAAUACAGUCCUUUCACAUUGGAUAUUGAAAAAGAAGAGAUACUCUCCACUUGCCGGGAGCUUGGAAUCACCAUCUUUGCGUACUCGCCUCUGGGUCGUGGCUUCUUGACAGGUCAGAUCAAAAGCAGUGAUGACUUUGCGCCUGAGGACCUCCGUCGCAUGUUGCCUCGCUUUAGCCCCGAGAACUUUCCAAAGAACCUAGUUCUUGUUGAACGUCUCAAGGCACUUGCAGAUGAGAAGGGCUGCACGCCGGGUCAGUUGGUGCUCGCCUGGCUAUCGGCCUUGGGCGAGGAUAUUAUCCCAAUCCCCGGAACGAAGAAGAUUAAGUAUAUGGAGGAGAAUCUAGGGGCACUAAACGUGCAGCUCUCUCCAGAGGAUGUGCAGAAGAUCAGGGAUGAGGUCGAGAAGGCUGAGGUUGCGGGCCAUCGAAACCCGCCGGGUUUGUUCAAUGAGUAUACGGUUACUGUUGAGCUUUGA